UGCCCGCAGCCGCAGCUGCGGCCGCGGGGGAGCCCGGCGCCCGUGCCGGGGUCGUGCUGGUCCUGCAGGGCCAGCUUGGCCCGGACGCCGAGCCCUCCCGCGCGGCCCCCGGCGGGCGUGAGCACGGCGCCGUGCCUGCUGCACUGGCCGCCGGGGGCCUGGCACGCGGGGGUGCUGUCCACCAGCAUAUGGGUAGGGAGCCCUGCGCGGGGCAGCGCCACCCCGCCCGCGGCGGCGGGCCUGCGCCGCUCGCCGUCGCCGCGGCCGCCCCCGCCGAGGGCGCCCGCCGUGCUCCUGGCGACGCAGCCUCCGCAGGCGUUCCGGUGGCCGGUGGAUCCGCGGUGGGCGCCGUCCCCGGCAACGUAGGGCACUAUCCUGCGACGUUCCCCCCACGAGCGCAGCCGCAUUGCCUCCCCAGACUGAAGCGGGGCCUGAUUUCCCUGCGCCGGGUGUGAAUCGCAGGUGCCGCAAUUGGCCGCGCGCCGUAGGCCCUGGCAGAGAGACAGUUUCGGGCGUGCGCUUGGGGAGCAGCCUGCCGACGACGUCAUUCAAAA